AUGUUUCCGGGCAUGUUUAUGCGGAAACCAGACAAAGCGGAGGCGCUGAAGCAGCUCAAGAGCCACGCGGCCAUGUUCGGAGCUUGGGUGGCCGUCGUCCGGGUCGCUCCCCACCCUCACCACUUCCUCGUUUUCGAGCACUCGGAGGAACCGUUCAAGUGCGACGGGUGCAGGGAGGCCGGGCUCGGGUCCCGCUACCGGUGCUCGUUUGGCUCGUGCAACUUUGACCUCCACACGCACUGCGCCCUACCCUCGGCCUCCGUGGCCCACCCAUUCUACCCCAAGUGCUCGUUUCAAUUCAUGGGCCGGCCCGUGGGCCCCACGGCCCGUUACUGCAACGCGUGCCAAAAGGGUGUCUCGGGUUUCGUGUACCACUGCCGCUCGUGCGGGUUUGAUCUCCACCCGUGCUGCGCUAAGCUGCCGAUGCUGCUCGAUGACGGUGAAGUUAAGAUGUGCGGCAGGAAAGGGAGAAGCUGGAGCUACAGAUCGUCGUGCAAAAAGUACAACCUACACGUGGCGUGCGUGAAAGAGAUGCUAGUUGACAGCUGGCACGAGCUCUACUACGGCGCAUGGGCUGGGCCAGGCAGAAAACCCGGGACUGGGCUACCAAGUCUGAAAUCCACCCUACUGGCCCAUAAUCACAAGAAAAGCAAAGGAAAGGCCCAAAAGUGCUGUCAGAUGGCAGGCCUGGCGUUGCAGAUCGUUAUAUCCGCCGUCUUAGGGGAUCCAACCACCUUCAUUGCUGGCCUUGUUGGUACAUUGAUGUCCAAAUAG